AACACCCCAACCCGAGGUGAGCUUUGAGGAAACAGAAUUGGCAGGUGCUGCUCCUACAGGUGUCUCCCCAUGUGAUAAGGAAGACAUAGAACUGCUUGAGAAGGCUCUAGAGAAAGCCCUCCGUGUGCGCACCAGCUCAGAACCUUCUAAAAAAGAAUCCAAAAUACCCAAACCUGGAAAGGAAACAGGGACUUUAGGUGCUAGGCCUGUGGAUAUCACACAUUCAUCUGCAGCAUCUAGAGGAAGCCAAAGAACGAUAAGGUCAUCCACUAAAUCUGCCAGCCUUGACAGAAAAGGGUACGGACGGCCUGGAUUAUCAGUAUGCUCCUCACUAGCCUCGGGACCUUUAGCUAGCGCCGACCCCGGACAGACCAAAAGAACAGAUAAUAGAAACACGAUCCAAAACCAUCCUGCCUCAUCAGCUGGCGCUUUGCAUCACCAGGCUUCUAGGAAACUGCAGCAGGCUGUCGUGCCGUCUGUCUCUCCUGAUCACAUCACAAGCUUGCUCUCUAAAAACAAGACUAUCAGAAGCAAUAUGUUGAGUGGUGAUGACCUGAGGAAAGCUGCACCUGUCGCUGCAAAUUCUUCAAAUAACGUAGUGUCCUCUUCACAAACAAAUGAGCCAGGAGCAUGCAGUUUCCCUCAACAGAAUGGCAGGAUAUUUUCUGAGCAAACAACAAAAUGGAAAUCUUUAAAGAGCAAGCAGAGCAGACUGUGGGAUAAAGCCGUUGCCCUACAGACGAACCCUGGGCCUGGGAAGAGUCACUUCAUGGAAAGAAUGAGAGCUACGUUUCCCAGGAAUUGGCCAUUUGGCAGCCCGUAUGAGACCAGGGCUCUGCUGGACAGGUUGAUUCACCAAGCUCAAGACUUGAAACAGCUCUGCGGGGAGCCUCUAACCAAACAGAUGCCAGAGAUAACAUUAAGACUGGUUAGUACAGGCGACAAGUAUGAUUCCUGUAUGUCGCUGGAAAGGUUGCAGCUCACAGCAGCUGAGCUCAAGAAUUUUGCAGAUCAAGUGAAACAAGAGUGGAAAGCAUGGGAUCGAUGGAGGCCAGAGGGAGGUUGUUUUUGCCCCACUGGGGCAAAUGGUGUGCAGGGAGAUGGGAUAACUUCACCCCUGCCCCUGACUAUAACAUAUGCAACAGAGGCAGAACUGCAAGAGCUUGAGCAGCUGCGGAUGAGGGUGGCAUUGCUGCAACAAGAGGUUGAUCUUGAACAGGCUCUGUUGGACACCCUGUCCCCUCAGUUUUCGGCUGUCGUACCUGGGCCUGAACGUCUGAGCCCCAGUGUACUCAGAGACAUGUACUCCCUGCUGGGUGAAGGAGGGGAGCGUUUCCCAGCUAUAGUCCUGGACUCUGAGCCUGCAUGACUAAUGAGCACAUUAAAUUGACUUAUAGGUUUGUAAGCUUAGAAACAGGUAUGAAUACAUUAAAGGCCUCGUGGUAUGCUGCAAUCUGGUGCAACACUGAUGAAAUCAAACCCCUCUGACAUAGUCAAAACAAGGACAUGGUUAAAAAAAAACAAAGGGGGGAACUGAAUUGAGUGAACAGCCUCAGAGGGCAGCUGUGGUUCAGGAGGUUCAGCUGGAGGGGUUCGAUGCUCUGUGUUACACCUCGUGAUCCUAAAGAUAUCAUGGAAAUAUUAAUGGAUGGAUAAACAGGUGUACCUAAUAAAAUGGUAACUGAAACAUCACGAAUGAUUAUUUUGAAGAAUCUGUUUUUAAUCGUGGCAUCGCUGUGUUAUGUCAGUGUCUCAUGUCAUGUCACAACUGUAUAAAACUGUGAUCAUUAAUCCUGUCUCUUAAACGCAGCUUCUGAAUAAAUGCCUCAGGCACAAUUUUAAGUAUCACCAUUGAUCAGAGUAACGUAAUAAAAGAUACAUAAUAUUACAGUGACUUUAAGUGUGUGUAUUUGUGAUGUAAGCUGUAGGUUAAAUUAUAUGUUUGAGUUGUUUCUAAUUUUUCCUUUUUGCUAAAUUCUGACACAUCAUAACUGAUGCCUCAGAAGUGUAAUAUUCACUCGGUGAAUUUUGCCAGCAGGUGGCACUCAAUUCACAGAAAAAAAAAAGAGUCCAAAUUACAUUUUAAUCAAAGAUGCCCUUGCAAGUUUACCUGUGUGUUUCACUUCAUAUCAUUCAUUUUCAGUGUUUAAAUAAAAAAGAAAGAAGAAAUGUGCCACCACCACACACACACACACUUCCAUACUGUUUUUCCAUAUGUUUUUGAUCCCCCAUAUUGAGCCAGCAUAAUCUUUCAUACAUACAUAUGCUAGAUCGCAUAUAUGGGGCCAUCACUGUGUUUCUGUGAUAUGGUAUUCACGAUCAAAUGUGCUAUGAGGCUGUACGUGAGAUUCAGGAGCGCCUCGAGGAGCCUUAGAGGCUCGUGCCCACAGAUGACGGGUGGAUGGCAGGAGCUGUGCCAGACUGGGCGACAGGUGGCGCUGGGUUCUCGCAGCAGGACGUGGGUGUUGAAGCCCUGUUGCACCGGCCCUUCAUGCGCACGCACACAAACAGGGAGACAUGCACACCCAGAGCCGGCUGAGUCAUAAAGAAGAUGUGCUUGGGUGUGCCUGGCAUCGCAGCAUGCUGCAAGCUGGAAAUGGCAUGUUUCCCUGAGGAGAGGGACAAAAAAAAUGAUUAUAUGAAA